AUGGGUAUAUCAUCUGCCAGCGGGCUACCAUUUGCAAGUCUUCGGUAUGACCAUAACGACACAUCUCAGUUGUCUUCCACACCACUGCAGGUCCUGUUCUACCUCAGCGGCUGGUAUUUUGCUGCCUGCUUCCUCGCUGAGGGUCUGAUGUUUGUUUACAAAGGUUGGAAGGGGAACUUAACAGAGCGUUCUCUGGCCAUGUCAGUGAGUGUGCUGGUCCUGGUGCCGUGCACAGUGCUGUCUGUGUACUACCUGAUGCUGCAGACCUUCGUCCUGCGCCUGGAGUUCAUCCUUAAUGCUGUGUUACAGUGCUUCUACAGUCUAGAGAUGCUGCUAGGAAUCAUGUCCAUAUCUGCUUUCUCCAGGUAG